AUGCCGCCCAAACCUUCGCUCGACAAGCUGCUCCCCCCCAUCCUGAACCUGCUCCGCGCAGACCCGCCAAACCCCUACUCGGCGCACCAAAAGGCGCUGACGACAACAGCGCGCCUGGUCCGGAAUGGGCAGCCCGAGCUGGCCUGCGAGAUCCUUUUCAAUGUCGCGCGCGAGUUGCUCAAGGCGGGUGACACGGCGAGUGGUGCCGAGCUCGGCGUUCGCAUGAUUGAGAUCAUGGGCGAGGCUGGCGUCAAGGUCGACGAUAAGAGUCGAGCCUCCGUCACUCAGCUCAUCGCGCUUACGCCGCCGGGGCCGUGGCGCAAGAAGCUCUCCGAUGCAGCCGUCAAGUGGUCUUCUUCUCCCGACUGUCCCCCCGGUGAUCCCCAGCUGCAGCAGUAUCUCGGCGAGCUGUCCUUCAAGGACGGUAACUUCGAGGUCGCCGAGCCACACCUCCUCGCCUCCGGAACGCGAGAUGCGGCUCGCACGCUCGCUGACAUGAUGUACGCCUGGUCCUCCGAGGGAGUUGACGGUCCCGGUGCUGUGGGCAACUACGCCGUGCGCGGCGUACUGCCUUGGUUAGCCGUCUCGCCUCCGAACCUGCUCGCGGCAUCGACCUUCCUCGGCCAGUUCCUCUCGCUCCUGUCCUCGCCCUCGUCCAAGAUUGGAUCCGACUUCUUCAUCGGCGCCGAGGGCGGUGUCCAGCUCACGACGUCGUCGACGAUCAACUUCCUCCAGCUCGCUGUUGCCACUGUCCAGCGCGCGCCGAGCCCGGGAACGAGUCCGGUCCAGGCCCGAGGGACGGAUGGGGGCGUUGCGAAGGAAUGGCAAAGCUUGCUUCACCGCUACCGCAGGCUGGCAGGAAACAGCGGUGUGCUCGCCCAGAAGGACGUGCAUGAAUGCCUUGAGGCCAUCUCGGCCAACAUUUUCCUCAUCCCUCAGCGAGGCGGCAACGAUAUGCUCCAGAACCUCAUGGGGAGCCUGUUCGGUGGCGGCGGCGGUGGUCUCGGCGCCCUCGGUGCGGCGCGAUAA